GGUUGAAAAAAAAUCAAUUUAAUCUGUUUCAUGCUUAACUGAAAAUAUGAAUCGCAUGCAGAGGAGUGUAACUUAAAUCGCAUUUAAGUUACACUCCGCGCCAGUGGGGGGAGCAACUAUGUCACCAGUGAUGCUGCGCGCUCCCGUCGCUCGUUCCUAUAUCCUAACAGCUGAAAUGGCGUCUGAAGACGGCUCUGAGAUCAAAGAUGAGAAAGCAGCUCUUAUAGAGACGAGCUCUGAGCAAGAUGAAAAUCAGCAACGUGUCACGGUUGCUGAAAAACGAGAAUCAAAACUAACGCUUUAUCACUGGACUCAGUCUUUCAAUUCUCAGAAGGUACGUCUGGCAAUUGCAGAGAAAGGUUUGCACUGUGAGGAGUAUGACGUGAGCCUACCACUUAGUGAGCACAACGAGCCGUGGUUCAUGCGUCUGAAUCCUAACGGCGAGGUGCCGGUCCUGGCCCACAAUGACAACGUCAUCUGUGAUCCAACACAGAUAAUGGACUACCUGGAGCAGAACUUUAAUGAUGAGGACAUUCCCAAGCUGGUUCCUGAAGAGGGCAGUAGGUACUUUCUCAGAGUGCAGCACUACAGAGAGCUGUUGGACUCAUUACCGAUGGAUGCCUACACACAUGGCUGUAUCCUCCACCCAGAGAUCACUGUGGACUCCCACAUACCAGCAUAUGCUGCCACGUCUAUACGAACACAGAUUGGAAAUACACAGUCUGCCCUGGAGAAACUUGCUGAGCAGAACCCAGAGCUUAAAGAUGCAUAUAUAGCAAAACAGAGACGCUUGAAAUCUAAGUUGUUUGACCAUGACAACAUGAAGUACCUAAAGAAGCUCCUGGAUGAACUGGAAAGUGUGAUGGACCAGGUGGAAACAGAGUUACAGAGGAGGGUGGAGGAAACACCAGAGGAAGGCAGUCCAUCCUGGCUGUGCGGUGACUUCUUUAGCAUGGCCGACGUCUCCUUAGCAGUCACUUUACAUCGCCUAAAGUUCCUCGGCCUCUCCCGUCGCUACUGGGGCAACGGUAACCGUGUCAACGUGGAAACAUACUAUGAGAAGGUGGUGGAGCGCCCAGCCUUCAGGAGAGUACUGGGCCACGUCAACAACAUCCUCAUCUCUGCCGUUCUUCCUGUAGCAUUUCGUGUGGCCAGGAAGAAUGCCCCAGUUAUUGUCGGUACCACGUUAUUGAUCGGGAUUCUGGGAGGAGCUACAUAUCUCGCUUUCCUCUACAUGAAGAAGAGGCUGACUUCCUUCAGCUGAGAGAGGUUGAGAUAGCUUCAGACUGAACUAAAUUGUUUAUGACUAAUAAACAUCAGUAAAUGUGUAACUGAAAAAAACAUUUUCUGCUUUGCUUAUUGCACACAAUGCACUUUUACCCAUCUUUAGUGACUACUGCUUUAUAAAACAAAAAAACUAACUUGAAGAGCUUAUGUUUUUGCAUGGUUUUGCAUUCUCUGUAAUCCUAUACAUACCAAAGCUGGUGAAUCAAUCUUUAAUCAACAUAGAAUUUACAUGAUAUGCUUUGUUAGGAAGUGUAAUUGUAUGCCAUCCUAUAUGUUUGCAAACAUGGGUGGCCCAGAAUAGAUAAUAGAGAUCAGAUGGUUUCUUUCAUUUAAAGUACUAUGAAGGUUCUCUUGGCUAUCUAAAUGGGAAGGUUGUUUUUACAGUCCAUGUGGCUGCACGUGAAUUCCUGCAUGGGAAACCUCAAAGUACAAUGAUUUGAACCUGCAAUAAUAACAUAACAGUGACACAGAUUUAAACAAAUACAAGUCGACUUGCCCACUUUAGCAAUGAAAACAGUUGCUGUCUGAAUGAAUAGGAAACCACGUCUAAGGUUUACUGGAUAUGUUGAAUGGAUUAAAUGCCAAAAUGGUUCAUUUAGACAUCUUGAUAUGUGCUUAAAUUGUUGUCAAGUGUCUAAUAUGUUUUGCCUGCUUGCCAUUGUUGUUUAUUGAUAUUUGUAUGCUAGGGAAUUAAAACAAGUACACUUGAA